AUGGCCCGUACCAAGCAAACCGCUCGCAAGUCCACCGGAGGCAAGGCGCCGAGGAAGCAGCUGGCGACCAAGGCCGCAAGGAAGUCGGCUCCGGCGACCGGCGGAGUGAAGAAGCCACACAGGUUCAGGCCCGGAACCGUCGCCCUCCGUGAGAUCCGCAAGUAUCAGAAGAGCACGGAGCUUCUGAUCCGCAAGCUUCCGUUCCAGCGGCUUGUUCGUGAGAUCGCACAGGAUUUCAAGACAGAUCUUCGGUUCCAGAGCUCAGCCGUUUCUGCCCUUCAAGAGGCGGCAGAGGCCUACCUCGUCGGUCUUUUCGAAGACACCAACCUCUGCGCCAUUCACGCCAAGAGGGUCACCAUUAUGCCCAAGGAUAUCCAGCUCGCUCGAAGGAUUAGGGGCGAGCGUGCUUGA